CUGCAGAUGAAAAUGAAGGAGAUGUGGGUGACCUGAAGCCCAAGCUAAAGGCUGGUUUCUUGCAGGGCUUGGCACCUCCAAAGAUUCCAGAUGGUGAAAAAGUGGACUUUGAUGACAUUCACAGGAAACGGAUGGACAAGGACCUGACUGAGCUGCAGACUUUGAUUGGGGAUCACUUUGAAAAGCGUAAGAAGGAGGAAGAAGACCUUGUCAACCUCACAGAUCGCAUUGAUAAACGGAGGUCUGAGAGAGCCGAGCAGAUGAAGAUCAGAGCGGAAAGAGAAAGAGAGCGGCAGAAUAAAAUAGCUGAAGAGAAAGCAAGAAAAGAGGAAGAAGAAGCCAAGAAGAAGGCAAAUGAUGAUGCAAGAAAGAAGAUGAUUCUGUCCAACCUGACUUACACUGGAUACAAGCAGGGGCAGCCUAAGACAAAAAAACCAACAGAAAGAGAAAAGAAGAAGAAGAUCCUAAACGAUCGACGCAAGGAACUGAACAUUGAUCACAUGAAAGAAGAGAAACUCCGAGAAAAAACAAAAGAACUGUGGGAGUGGAUGCGUCAACUAGAGGCAGAGAAGUUUGAACUUCAGUACAAGUACACGCAGCAAAAGUAUGAGAUCACCGUGCUGAGAAAUCGAGUCAGUGAUCAUCAGAAAUCCUCAAAGGGCAGCAGGAGCAAGCGAGGCCUGAGGAAGUAACAUCGGCUGGAAAGAUCAGGCACCCGUGUGAAACUGAUACUGACAGAAACGGCAUAAUAAUGUUUCUAAAUAAUUAAACAUGGAAUAAACACAUGCAAUACAAGAAAUAGCGCGGGCUGUUCAAACAACGGAAAAGACAUGCAUGCUGAUUUCAUUUGCAUAUCUGUGGUAGCACAUUUGAGUUUUUUGAUAAUAGAUGGAAAAGGCAGUUUGAGUGACACUUAUGGUUAUUAAACUGUUUACUGUUCAGUUUUUGUGUGUUUGAGUUUGUGAUUGAAAUAUACAAAAAACAUGAAUAAAAUAAAAUGUCAAUUAUAAAAAUAAUCCUCAUUAAAAACCUAA